AUGACGACCGAGACGACCGCUGCACCCGCCGCCGGGGGGCUCGAGGCCGCUGCAGCACCUGCAGCCAAACCGAUUCUUCGCGGCCGUGCCUUUUAUGAGAGCAUCGGGAGCCCGAAGUACAUCCUGGCUCCCAUGGUUGACCAGUCCGAGUUUGCUUGGCGAAUGCUGAGUAGAUCCUUCAUCCCCGCCUCGGAGCAAUCCAACCUGCUCGCCUACACGCCCAUGUUCCACGCGCGGCUUUACAACGAUACCGAACACUACCGCCAGGGCCACUUCCAGGCCGUGCAGCCAACGACGGACUCGGAUGGUUCCGCCCCGAAGCCAUGGCUCGACGGCAACCCCUCCCUCGACCGACCCCUCUUCGUGCAGUUUUGCGCCAACGAUCCGGAUGCCCUGCUAGGUGCCGCGCUCAAGGUUGCGCCGUACUGCGACGCCGUCGACCUCAAUUUGGGAUGCCCGCAGGGAAUCGCCAAGAAGGGAAAGUACGGCGCAUUCCUGCAGGAAGACCAGGAGCUCAUUUUUAAGUUGAUCAACACCCUGCACAAGAACCUGCCAAUCCCCGUGACGGCCAAGAUCAGAGUUCUCGAUACGAAAGAGGCGACGCUCGCGUACGCCAAGAAUGUGCUUGCUGCUGGUGCCUCGAUCCUGACGGUCCACGGCCGUAGGCGCGAGCAAAAGGGACAUCUGACGGGUUUGGCAGACUGGAGCAUCAUCAAGUGGCUGCGCGAGCAGCUGCCGCCUGAGACUGUUCUUUUCGCCAACGGAAACAUUCUGCAGCAUGCGGAUUUGCAGCGCGCGUUGGAGGCGACGGGCGCGGAUGGAAUCAUGAGUGCCGAGGGAAACCUGAGCGACCCAGCCAUCUUCGGCAGGGCGCCAGAACCGGGAUCCGAAGUGGAAAAGAGAGAGUACUGGCGCGGCAGGGAUGGCAAGGGUGGCUACAGGGUUGAUGCCGUGAUGAGGCGGUAUAUGGAUAUCCUGCACAAGUACGCCGCGGGCGUCGACCCGCCUGCCAGGCGGCCGUUGUUCAUCCCCGGAGACGACACGGCAUGGAUGGAGGAGGCGGACGCGGAGGAGGACGAGCCGGCGAGGAAGAAGCGCAAGAAGGAUGGCCCGCGCCCGACCAAGAAGGAGAGGUCGACCAACAACCCAAACUACUCGGCGAUGCAGCCGCACAUGUUCCACAUGCUGAGGCACUUCGUGUCUAAGCACACCGACGUGCGAGACUUGCUGGCGCGCAGCCGUGCGGGAGACCUGGAGGCGUACGAGAACAUCCUCAGCAAGGUCGAGAGGAAGGUCGCGGAGGGCCUGCUCGAGUACGAAAGGACGGACGGCAAGAUGUUUGACGACCCGGCGGCGCCGGCGGACGACGAGGAGAUUGUGGAAGACGGCGAGAGCUCCAAGGGUGCGGUGAGGAGGUGUCAGAGGCCGUGGUGGGUUGUGCAGCCGAUCAUCCGGCCUCUGCCCAAGGAGGCCAUGGCCAAGGGAGCCGUAUCGCUCAGCAAGAAGGAUAAAGCGAAGCUGGCGCAGGCGAAUGGAGAGUCGAAUGGCCAGGUUGCUGCUGCUGCUGCUACUACUGCUGCUGCUGUCAAGGAGGCCGAAAAGGAGCAGAGCGUGCAGGACAAGGUCCUUGAGACGGACGACAAGUUGCUUGCUGGUUGA